AAACAUCUUCUGUUGUCUUCGAUCGAGUAUAAAUAAGUUCCGCAAAACUGUCACUCGCCAUUAGUGUGAAUUGGAAAGACAGCAGCAACGCACGCAACGCACAGCUUAUACAUACUUUAGACGCGGUGCUUUAUAAUUUUUGUUUGCCAUAUAAAUACAUAGAAAUAUCCAAACUCGUACUUGAAACCAUGAAAGUUGUAUUUAUUGUGACGCUGUUGAUCGCAGCUGCUUCGGCGAUGCCACAAUACGGUGGUCCCGGCUUUGGAGGUGGUUUUGGUGGUCCCGGUGGCUUUGGAGGUGGUUUUGGAGGACCUGGUGGUUUUGGAGGACCUGGUGGUGGAUACGGCGGUUUUGGUGGCUUUGGAGGAGGUGGAUUCGGUGGUCAAGGCGGCUAUGGAGGUGGUUUUGGACCUGGUGGUGGCUUUGGACGUCCAGGCUUUGGAGGUGGUGGUUAUGGACUUGGUGGUCUUUUCGGCUAAAUGCCAGCGACGAGUGGAAUUUAGUUUUUAGUAGAUUUCUGUUAGAUAGUUUAAAUUGUAUGCAGGACGCAUGCACUCAAACACUUACUGCAAGGAAGCUGAACAGCAUUCUGUCUUUUUUGUGAUUUUUAAUAAAACAAAAACCAAAAAUAUGUUAAGAAAA